GAGCAGAAAAUUUUCUGAACAUCGACCUCGUUCUAUCGCGUUGUUUUGUCUUCAAUGUGCGUUGAAUCGUCAGUAUUUGGGAUGAAGCUCUUCAAGUUGUCAGCGUUCUCUAUUCUUUUCUUGCUCAUGGUGUGUACAAACGCCAUGGUAGUUAGCGGAACAGGCAUGGGCCUGUACUCCUCAACAGAGGUACCUCGGAUGGCGGAUGUGAAUUCACCUUCAGUAACCGGAGCGAAGCUGGAUAACAGAUCGCCUACUCCAGAGCAGGCCACAACGCAGAAGCCCAGACGAGGAGGCGGUCUCAAGCGAUCAGUUUCUUAUUCUUCCAUGCCCAUCAGCGGUGAAGGGAAGGUUUACGAACCCAUGGUUGGAUCAAAGCCCCAAUCGAGCUUGAGCAAGGGGGAUGGCUUGGCCGCACAGGAUCGUUCUAUGGACGACAAGUCCCUGGCCAGCCACAGCUUACACAAAUCCGAUAGCAAGUUAACACUAAGAGAAGCUAGAUAAAGGAAGCUAACAUU